CACAAGCUCCUGUAAGACAGCCAAAGUUGCCAACCAUGCGUACGAUUUCAUACCGAGCUCAGGUCGUUUGCUAAACACGGUCCGCCCAAAAGUAUCGUUAAGUCGUCGUGUUGAUUGAUGACGAAGCGGUAUGUAAAGUACUCCUCUAAGGGAUUAGAUUAACAAAAGUGGAAAAAGCAUUGGAUUAUCUGUAUAUCUCACAGACACGAGGCUCCAGGGAGCUUUCAUAACAGUCUUACAUCUCACGGAGACGAGGCUCCAGGGAGCGCUAAUAGCGGCUAAUGCCGUAUUUCACAUCUUCGACGGCCCUGCUGUCAGUGGCCACACUGUGCUUAUUAUGCAGAUCUAGUCAAGGGUCGGUGACGUUUGUUGGCAACUCUAUUGUUGACAGAGCUGAGCUGACGACCAGUGGGGGUGCUGGUAAAGCAUGGGUCGACCCCUCUUUCAAUCUGACAGCUGGAUACGUCACGGCCUUCCAUAUGUAUAUAUCUAGUCAAUCCAGCGGUACAUCUGAUGGGGAGGUGUUUCUGUGGAGACCUACAUCAGAUCCUUAUACUUUUACGCUGCUCUACAGACAGGCUGUCAACUUCACCAAAGCAGGGGGUGGGAACAUAACGGUUCUUACAGAGAAACCUUAUCCUUUGGUCAAAGACGGAGAUCACAUCGGAUGGUUAUAUAAUUCAGAAGAAGGUCCAAUAACUUUCGACUGGGACCCCAACAAUGCAUUUGUCUACAUGUAUAAAACAGAUAUAAAUGGGAAUUUCAACAUAGAUGAUUCCGUCGAGUUUGAUACUCUAGCAUUGCCUUCGAAAUCGUCAUUUGGAGUUGUAAUAGAUUCAGCAGCCUGGUCUUCGUGGAUAAGCAGAGAUGAUCCUAGUGAUAUUGCAGACUCGGAGGAUAGAGAGAACCUGGAGAAGGGACUCGGAGGAAGCAUGCCAUGCCAGAACCCAGAAGCAAUAGAAUGCAGGACAGUAGGAACCCAUAUCCCUGCUUCAGAAACUGGUCAGGUGUUUAAAGAAGAUGCUGAUUGUUCAGUAGAAGGUGGACUGGUGUGUGUCAACAGUGAACAGGAACCAGUUUCUCAAUGUUUGGACUAUGAAAUUAGAUUUCUCUGCCCAAUGCCUACCCAAACAGCCUGGUCUUCGUGGAUAAGCAGAGAUGAUCCUGAUGAUACUGCAGACUCGGAGGAUAGAGAGAACCUGGAGAAGGGACUCGGAGGAAGCAUGCCAUGCCAGAACCCAGAAGCAAUAGAAUGCAGGACAGUAGGAACCCAUAUCCCUGCUUCAGAAACUGGUCAGGUAUUUAAAGAAGGUGCUGAUUGUUCAGUAGAAGGUGGGCUGGUGUGUGUCAACAGUGAACAGGAACCAGUUUCUCAAUGUUUGGACUAUGAAAUUAGAUUUCUCUGCCCAAUGCCUACCCAAAAUAUCAACGCUGGAGAAGAAGUAUGUACCAAUUCACCGCCAACGAACGUGUUCAACUGCGACUUUGAAAACGGGACUUGCGGAUUUAGCUUUCAAAGAAAUGCACCUCUAGGGGUGUGGGGAUUCCAGAUUAAAUCUGGCAGUACCCCUAGUCCAGGAACAGGUCCUACUGAUGACAUCGAUGGUGGAGGGAGUUACCUGUUAUUCGAGGCAACGGAUGCUGAUUCACUAGGCGUUGACUUAGCGACUUUAGAGACGCCUUUUCCUCCUGGCCAAUAUACUUUUUCGAUGUACUACCACAUGUUUGGGAGACAACUGGGGAAAAUGGAGUUACGCAUUGAAACUAGUUCAGAUAACAGCAUAAUUUGGGAACAAAGUGAGCCACAAUUUGAUGAAUGGCGACAGAUGACCGUUAAUUUCAACCAAAGCGAGGAGUUUAACAUUGCUUUUAUGGCAACAGCAAAUGAAGGAUCUCUGUCAGAAGUAUGGCAAGGAGACAUGGCCAUAGACAAUAUUAACUUAAUCUUCGAAGGUGUCACGUGCCCUGAAAAUGCCUCAUCAGAAAUAAACAGUACCACUCAGGCACCUAAUGGUACUUCCACUGAGUUACCUAAUGGUAAUACCACUCAGGCACCUAAUGGUAGUUCCACUGAGUUACCUAAUGGUAAUACCACUCAGGCACCUAAUGGUAGUUCCACUGAGUUACCUAAUGGUAAUACCACUGAGUCACCUAAUAGUAAUUCCACUGAGUUACCUAAUGGUAAUACCACUCAGGCACCUAAUGGUAGUUCCACUGAGUUACCUAAUGGUAAUACCACUCAGGCACCUAAUGGUAGUUCCACUGAGUUACCUAAUGGUAAUACCACUCAGGCACCUAAUGGUAGUUCCACUGAGUUACCUAAUGGUAAUACCACUGAGUCACCUAAUAGUAAUUCCACUGAGUCACCUAAUGGUAAUACCACUGAGUCACCUAAUAGUAAUUCCACUGAGUCACCUAAUGGUAAUUCCACUGAGUCAUCUAAUGGUGCAACAGGUCCAACAGGCAGUAAGGGAGAAGCUGGUGGAACUGGAGAGAAAGGGUCAGCUGGAACACCUGGUAGUAAAGGAGAAACUGGGAAUGACGGCGCUACGGGGCCAUCUGGCUCUGUUGGUGCUAAAGGAGAGCCGGGAACAUCGGGCACGAAAGGAGAAAAUGGCACUCCAGGAGCUAAUGGGAUUAAUGGUGCAAAUGGAACAUCGGGUGCAGUAGGUGCUACUGGUCCUUCUGGAAGUAAAGGAGAGGCUGGAGAUCCAGGAGCUGAUGGACCAGAUGGCGCUACUGGACCUACCGGAACCUCCGGCGUCGCUGGUGAAAAUGGUGCGGCUGGAGCUACUGGACCGACAGGGGGUGAUGGAGUAAAAGGAGCUCAAGGAGCUACAGGUCCUAAAGGUUCACUUGGUCCAGCUGGUCCUCCUGGCCCACCCGGUACUAAUACAGGUUACAACCAAGGAGGGGAAGUAUGUGUCAAUUCAUCACAAACCAACGUGUUCAACUGCGACUUUGAAAACGGGGCUUGUGGAUUUAACUUUCAAAGAAAUGCACCUCAAGGGGCAUGGGGAUUCCAGCUUAGAUCUGGCAGUACCUCAAGUCCGGGAACAGGUCCGACUGAUGACGUCGAUGGUGGAGGGAGUUACCUGUUAUUCGAGGCAACGGAUGCUGAUUCAGUAGGCGUUGACUUAGCAACUUUAGAGACGCCCUUUCCUCCUGGCCUAUAUACGUUUUCUAUGUACUACCAUAUGUGGGGAAGUCAUAUAGGGAACAUGGCGUUGCGCAUUGAUAGUAGUUCAAAUAAUAGCAUUAUUUGGGAACGAAGCGAUGCCCAAGCAGAUGAAUGGCGUCAGAUGACUGUUAGUUUUAGCAAAAGUGAAGAAUUUAGCAUUACUUUAAUGGCAACAGCGGGUGCAGGAGACGUGGACAAAGUUUGGAUGGGGGAUAUCGCUGUGGACAACAUUGACCUCGUUGCCGUAACUGUCACGUGUACCACAGUAAACUCGACAAUACCUAUCGGUGCCACUGGCCCGUCGGGUGAGAAAGGGUCUGCGGGUAGUCCAGGCUCUAAGGGUGAAGUUGGAAAUAAAGGAGAGGCGGGAGUUCCAGGUGAUUUGGGUGCAACUGGUAUGAGUGGUGCAGUUGGUCCUCAGGGAGCUACAGGUGUAUCUGGUGUUGAUGGAGCUGAAGGUGAUCUAGGAGCUACUGGUCCUAGUGGUGCAAUUGGGCCAACAGGUUCAACUGGAUCACAGGGGACAAAAGGAGACACUGGGAACCCUGGAGCAACAGGAACUUCUGGCGUAGAUGGUUCUAAAGGUGACCUUGGUGCGACGGGUCCAAGUGGAGCAGCUGGAUAUGAUGGCGCAACUGGUGCCACUGGCCCCUUGGGUGCUCCUGGUGAAAAGGGGCAAAAAGGAGAGACAGGUGUAGGAAGUAUUGGUCCUUCGGGUGCUACAGGUCCUGAGGGUAACAAGGGCCAAACUGGAGAAAAAGGGGAACAAGGAGGCAAGGGUGAACGCGGUGAAAAAGGAACCAUUGGGUCUAAAGGUGAUUUGGGUUCAUCUGGAAGUAAAGGCGAACCAGGAAUUAAUGGCACGGAUGGUAAUGCAGGAGUUAAUGGUGCCACAGGACUGACCGGUGCAACAGGUGUUUCUGGAGAACCCGGAGUGAUGGGUCCAACUGGUGCAACUGGCACACAAGGUGCACCUGGGUUGGAUGGAACAAAUGGUACAAAGGGUGCAGCUGGGGCUAAUGGUGAAAAGGGCGCUCUUGGUGAAGAAGGCCCCGAUGGUGCUACUGGACCUUCUGGUAUGGAUGGUGCAGUUGGAGCAACUGGUGUCUCAGGAACUAAAGGGGAAGCAGGAAAUAAGGGAGAAGUUGGUGAAUCCGGCGAGAAAGGAUCUGCUGGUACACCCGGCAGUAAAGGAGAAGUUGGGUUCAACGGCACAAUUGGAUCCACUGGACCCAGUGGGCAAGAUGGGGUAGACGGGGCAACUGGACCUAGUGGAGGAGCGGGUUCAAAGGGAGAUAAAGGAGAAUCGGGGGUAAUCGGAUCCACUGGGCCAUCAGGCAUUGGUGUCAAAGGCGAUAAAGGCGCUGCGGGGAUUGAUGGAACAGACGGACUUAAUGGAAUGACUGGCUUUGACGGCGCUACUGGUCCAGUCGGACCCGAUGGGGCUAAAGGGGAAGCUGGAGAAUCUGGGGAGAAAGGAGAGCAGGGUGCCCCAGGAUCUGAUGGGAUUGACGGUGUAAAUGGAACAUCGGGGGCUGUUGGUGCUACGGGUCCUUCUGGAAGCAAAGGAGAGGCUGGAGAUUUAGGAGCCGAUGGACAAGGUGGCGCCACGGGACCUACAGGAUCCCCCGGAGUAGCUGGCGAAAAUGGCACACGUGGAGAUACUGGAGCAACGGGUAAUACUGGUGCCAAGGGUGCCUUAGGUGACAAGGGUGAAAUUGGUAGCCCCGGUGAAGCAGGUCUAGAAGGAGCAACUGGUCCAUCUGGCAGUGAUGGCGCUAAGGGUGAGACAGGCGACCCUGGAAUGAAGGGUGAUGCGGGAGAUAGUGGAAAUAAAGGAGACAGUGGGGCAUCUGGUAGUAAAGGAGAAGCUGGAGAUUUAGGUGCAACCGGACCUUCUGGUGUUGGUAUAAAUGGAACAAAGGGAAACUCAGGCGCGACUGGCCCAUCUGGUACGGAUGGUUAUAAUGGAACUGAUGGUGCGACCGGGGCAAAGGGAGAGGCUGGUGAUAACGGAGUUACUGGUGCAACUGGACCCUCUGGUAUUAAAGGAGAGUCUGGUGGUCAGGGAGUCAAGGGGGAGCCAGGAGAAGCAAUUCAAGGACCUGUUGGAGACCCGGGUAUCACAGGUUUUACUGGAGCUACAGGACCAAUCGGGGCAACUGGAGCUCCUGGUGAAGUUGGUUCGAAAGGCGAGGAGGGCCCUAAAGGGUUUAAGGGAGCCGAUGGAUCAAAGGGAGAUGCAGGGACUCCUGGUGAACAAGGAGACAAAGGCGACAUUGGUGCAACGGGUGCUGUUGGGGAAACUGGUUAUACUGGUGCUACGGGUCCAUCAGGAGCAAAGGGUGAACAAGGCAGUAAAGGAGAUUCUGGUCUGAAUGGAACAAUGGGAGAAGAAGGAGCAGAUGGGGCAACUGGUCCAUCUGGUGAGAAGGGUGAAAUUGGUGAAAAGGGUACAAAAGGUAUAGAAGGGAUUGUUGGAGCUACCGGCUUCAUUGGUGCUACAGGAUCAAUAGGUCCAACUGGAGCGAAAGGUGAAAAUGGGAAUGGUGGAGCAACAGGUCCAUCUGGUGCAGAUGGAGAAACUGGAGACAAAGGGGCAAAGGGAGAGGAAGGAAAUGUCGGUCCUGAAGGUCAGGUUGGUGCCACUGGUCUGAGUGGAGUUGGUGGAGAUGAAGGUGAAAAGGGAGAGGCCGGAAGUCCUGGUUUAGUAGGUGCAACUGGGCCAAGUGGAAAUCAAGGUUCUAAGGGGGCCCUUGGUGAUAAAGGCGAUGCUGGGGUCAAAGGAGAUAAAGGAAAUAAUGGAACAAAAGGAACAACAGGAGAAAAGGGUGAAGGUGGGGUAAAGGGAGAGAGUGGUAUAUCGGGAUCAACAGGCCCGUCAGGGAAUGAUGGCGCUGAUGGUGCUAAGGGGGAAAGUGGACAAGCUGGUUCGACUGGACCUACUGGACUUAUUGGUGCAACCGGCACAACUGGCCUACAGGGGUCUAAAGGAGAAAAAGGAACUGAUGGUAUUGAUGGAUCAAUUGGUGCAACUGGACCUUCUGGUGAUACUGGUGACAAGGGUAGCCAGGGCGAGAAAGGAAGUGUCGGUAGCCAGGGAGAGACAGGACUUCAAGGAUCUACUGGACCAACAGGUAAAAUAGGACCAACUGGAGCAACCGGAAUUCAAGGUGAGAAAGGAUCACAGGGUGCUAAAGGUGACAGAGGAUCAUUUGGUGCAACAGGAAUAACAGGAGUCAAAGGUAGUAGCGGAGACAAAGGAUCAGAAGGCAAUGAUGGAGCCACUGGUCCAACAGGAUCGAAAGGAGCAAAGGGGGAAACAGGAGAGACUGGCAGUAAAGGCUCACAGGGUGAUGAAGGGAGUAUUGGUGCAACCGGUCUAAGUGGUGCUAAAGGAGAAGAUGGAGCUCAGGGAGAUAAAGGUACACAAGGAGAUGAAGGAUCCAUCGGUGUACCUGGCUUUAAUGGAUCAGACGGUGCAACUGGUCCAACUGGACCUGGUGGGCUUGUUGGAGAUCCGGGUCUUGAGGGAGCAACUGGUCCCUCUGGUGCAAAAGGAAUAACGGGUGAAACUGGUUCAAAAGGAAUCAAGGGAGAGAUCGGUUUUAAAGGUGAAUUAGGGGAAAAAGGAAUAUCUGGGGCUAAGGGUGAAAAUGGAGAAAAGGGCGACUCUGGCGAUAAAGGAGCAUCUGGUAACAAAGGAGAUGCAGGUUCUGAAGGAGUUAAAGGAACGAAAGGUGACAACGGCGACACAGGAGCUCAAGGUUCAACUGGACCAUCCGGAGAAACUGGUGCAAAGGGGGCUGUCGGUAGUCAAGGUGAGAAGGGGUCUGCUGGGGCCAAUGGCACCGAUGGGCAACAAGGCGCUAAAGGUGAAAGUGGUUCUAAAGGAGAAUCUGGAAUAGUUGGUGCAACUGGCUCAAACGGUACUACUGGAGCAAUAGGUGCUACGGGUCCCUCUGGUACAGCUGGCAUCAAAGGAGGUGUUGGAGCAACAGGGCCAAGUGGGGAAAAGGGAGGACUUGGGGAAACAGGUGCUAGGGGUGCUACUGGAGUAACUGGAGAAACCGGAAUAUCUGGAGCAACUGGUCCAUCUGGAGAGCAUGGCGCAACUGGAACAAUUGGCGCUACAGGUCCAAGUGGUGAAAAGGGAGAUGCAGGGAUGGACGGUUUCAAUGGUACAAGUGGUGCCACUGGCCCUAGUGGACUCAAAGGGGAAGAGGGAGAUAAGGGCAUAAAAGGAGGAAUAGGUCCAUCUGGACCAUCUGGGCAAAGUGGCCCACCAGGCAAUAAAGGGGAGGCUGGUGCUAAUGGAAGUAAAGGAGCAAGUGGAGAGACUGGCUUGAAAGGUGAUAGGGGCGAAAAGGGAAUAAAAGGGAACACUGGUCUUGGGAGGAAAGGAGAACCUGGGAAAGGCGGUUUUAAAGGUGAUGCAGGGGAAAAUGGAACAGAUGGUGCAACUGGCCCUUCUGGUGAAGAUGGACAGAAAGGAGACUCUGGGGCUAAAGGAGAACCAGGAGUUGCCACUAAUGGAAUAAAUGGAACUCAAGGUGAAAGGGGGCCUACUGGUCAGAAGGGUGAUGCUGGAUCGAAGGGGGAUAGAGGUUCUAAAGGAGAAAAUGGCGAAGUAGGACAAUAUGGAGCAACUGGAGUUUCUGGUGAAAAAGGGGACAAGGGGUUGAAAGGAGAAGACGGAGCAAAUGGUUCGGUUGGUGCCACUGGAAUAAUUGGAGCAACUGGACCUUCCGGAUCAGUGGGUGACAAGGGAGACGUAGGUUUGAAGGGCUCGGCUGGGGAUAAAGGAGAAGCAGGUUCUAUGGGGGCCACUGGUCCAUCUGGAGCAACAGGAGUGGCUGGAUUGAAUGGGACAAAAGGAGAUGAUGGAGAAAAGGGAGCACCUGGAAGCAAAGGCAACAUGGGAGAUUUUGGGGCAACUGGUACAACUGGUGCUACUGGUCCAUCAGGGCUGAAUGGAGACAAAGGAUCUUCUGGUGAUAAGGGUGCCCCUGGAGACAAGGGAGAUAGGGGAGAGGCUGGUUUCAGUGGACCAGUUGGUAAUCAAGGGGAAGCUGGAACACCCGGAGAAGAUGGCAAAAAUGGAUCAAAAGGUGCAGUAGGACCUACAGGUCCCAAGGGUGCAAAGGGUGAAGUGGGUGAGAAAGGCAUGAUUGGUGAUGUUGGUGCAACUGGAGUAAGUGGUGCAACUGGACUCGAUGGAGCCAAAGGAAAUUCUGGAGAAAAGGGUGAAAUGGGUGAAAAAGGCGUCGCGGGAAUCAAUGGCACAAAUGGUGUAAAAGGAGACUCUGGAGUCAAAGGGGAAUCUGGAACAAAGGGUGAAAAUGGAGCAAAGGGAAUGGCUGGUAGCGACGGAGUGAAUGGAACCAAAGGAGACAAAGGGGCCUCUGGUGAAGCCGGUGACGCUGGUGUGCAAGGUGCUACAGGAAUCUCUGGAGAAUUAGGAGCCACUGGUCCAUCAGGAGCUACAGGGGAAACUGGCGCCACUGGUCCUUCCGGAUUAAAAGGAAAUCAAGGUGUCAAAGGGGAAUCGGGCAUAGCAGGUAUAAAUGGCACAAAGGGUACAAAGGGUGAUGUUGGCGAAACGGGGAAGGAAGGAGCAAAGGGUGAAGCCGGAGAACAGGGAAUUGCUGGAACAAAUGGAACUAAAGGAGAAGAUGGGAUGUUAGGUGCAACUGGUCCUAGUGGUGCACCUGGGUACAAUGGAACCAAUGGAGAUAAGGGAGAAUCUGGUGUGUCAGGACCUCCGGGUAACCCUGGAACAAAAGGUCAAAAAGGCGAGUCUACUGUCGGUGAUUCUGGUGAAAAGGGUGAACCAGGAGAAACUGGGUUAAUAGGUGCAACUGGAAACACGGGAACCUCAGGUUUGAAAGGAAAAAAAGGAGAGGUUGGAGAGGAUGGGAUCGUUGGAUCAACAGGAGCCGAUGGUGCGACGGGUUUUGUAGGUGCAACAGGUGCAAUUGGUGCAACUGGUCCGAGUGGUACAGUUGGAAGCAAAGGAGAAAAGGGCAUCAGUGGAUCAUCUGGACAAAAAGGAGAAAGUGGAUCCGAAGGGAAUAAGGGAGACAAAGGAGACCAGGGUUUACAAGGGGAAGUUGGAUUUAAUGGAACUAAAGGAGAAAGUGGAGCAACGGGUUUCACAGGAAUGACUGGACAAAUGGGUGCAACUGGGCCAAGUGGUGCAGAUGGAAUAAAUGGUACAACUGGACUCCAAGGAGAAAAGGGCUCUAUUGGAGCCACUGGUAUAUACGGGGCUACUGGUAUUUAUGGUGCAACUGGACCAUCUGGGGCCAAAGGAGGGUUAGGAACCAAAGGUGAAGCUGGUGAAAAUGGUGAAAAGGGAGAGGAAGGAGCCAAGGGAGCCGCUGGUGCCCCUGGAGAUGAAGGAAUUGUUGGGGCAACUGGUGCCGAUGGUGCAACAGGUGCACUAGGAGCAACAGGUGUUCUGGGUGCUACAGGGCCAAGUGGGAUGAAAGGAGAUAAGGGUAUUAGAGGUGACAAUGGAACUAAAGGAGAAAGUGGGGAUACUGGGGUCAUGGGGUCGACUGGACCAAGCGGUGUUGAUGGAUUAGAUGGAGCAACCGGUAUAACUGGUGCAACAGGACCAAUUGGAAGUAAAGGUGACAAGGGGGAGAUCGGAUCAACUGGGCUACAGGGAGCUACUGGAGAACAAGGUGCCACUGGAGUUCUUGGGGCCACUGGUCCCGAGGGUCUCAAAGGGUCUAAAGGUGAGCCUGGAAUCAAUGGCACAAACGGAAUGACAGGACAAAAGGGUAGCAAAGGAGAAUCUGGAAGUGAUGGGUAUGAUGGAGCUACUGGCUUUGUUGGGGCAACUGGUACUAUUGGUGCAACUGGCCCCUCGGGACAGAAAGGUGUCGGUGGUGAUAAGGGUGAAGCAGGUUUGAAUGGAACAAAGGGUGACAUUGGAGCACCUGGAGUUAAUGGUACAAAGGGAGACAUUGGAGCUAAGGGAGAGAUUGGAGUAAAUGGUACUAAAGGAGAAAGGGGAUACAAGGGAGAAGUUGGCGAAACAGGUCAACAAGGUAUUAACGGAACCAAAGGAUCACAAGGCGUCAAAGGUAUCAAAGGAAAUACUGGUAUGGAUGGAGUCGACGGUGCCACUGGGCCAUCAGGUCAAAAAGGAGAGAAAGGUGACACUGGUUUGAUUGGAGCUACUGGGGUUACUGGAUUGAAGGGUUCUAAAGGAGAACUUGGUGCAGUGGGGGCUACUGGUCCAUCUGGAGUUUUAGGAGAAGCUGGUUUGAAUGGAACUGCCGGGGCAAAGGGAGAAGCUGGCGAAAAAGGCGAACAAGGUGAAGAUGGAGCAACUGGAUUCAUAGGCGCCACUGGAAUCAUCGGUGCUACGGGUCCAAGUGGAUUUGAUGGGUCAACAGGACCAAUGGGUGCAACUGGGUUACAAGGUUUUAAGGGAGACCAGGGUGAACCAGGAUUAAAUGGAACAAAUGGAACACCUGGUACAAAGGGUGAAGCUGGGAGUCCUGGAGUAAAAGGACAGAAAGGCGAGCAAGUUGAAGGUGCAACUGGACUAGUUGGAGCAACUGGAGCUCCAGGUGUGGAUGGUGAAAAUGGAACUAAAGGGGAACAAGGUAGCAAAGGUGAACAGGGCGUCAGAGGCGUGAAUGGAACUAAAGGUGAGAUUGGAUCAAGUGGUGCUAAAGGUGAACAAGGAGAAAGUGGAAUAAAUGGAACUAAAGGUGAAUCUGGUGAAAAAGGAUCACAAGGAGAAAAGGGAGGGAUGGGCUCAAAGGGAGAGUUGGGAGUAAAUGGUACAAAGGGAGAUCGUGGCGAAAAGGGAGAUCAAGGAUUAAAAGGAGAAGAUGGCAUUGACGGUAUUAAUGGAACUAAAGGUGACUCUGGUGAUAAAGGAUCCGUUGGGGAUAGAGGAAAUCCAGGUACAAAUGGAACCAAUGGGGAGAAGGGUGAAGCAGGUCUUAAAGGAAGUAAAGGUUCUGAUGGUAGUAUGGGUAUCAAAGGAGACCCAGGUCUGAAAGGAGAUGCUGGUGCAGCAGGAGUUGCUGGGGUAAAUGGUACUAAAGGAGCCACUGGACCUAAAGGUGAAUCUGGUGAUAAGGGUGAAGAUGGAGCAACAGGUUUUAUAGGAGCUACUGGAAUAAUUGGUGCAACUGGACCAUCUGGUGCAGAUGGCGAAAAGGGUGAGGCAGGCAGCAAAGGAGACAUAGGUGCAAACGGAUCUGUUGGAGCUAAUGGCACUAAGGGUGAAACUGGCAGUCCCGGUCAAGAUGGAGCUAAAGGGGAAAUGGGUAUCAAUGGUACUAAAGGUGAUACUGGUUCCAAGGGAAUGUCGGGUGCUAAAGGAGACCAAGGUGCACAAGGUGUUAAUGGAACAAAGGGAAUAAAAGGAGAAUCUGGUGACAAAGGAUCUAAAGGUGAAAAUGGCUUCAAUGGUACCAAAGGUGAUACUGGUUUGGAAGGUGCCACUGGGUUACAAGGAGCGACGGGUCCUAUUGGUAUUGAUGGAGCAACUGGUGAAGUUGGUGCGACUGGUGCAACAGGAUUUAUGGGUGCAACUGGACUGAUGGGUGCUACUGGACCAUCUGGAAUGAAAGGUGAUCAAGGAGUCGAGGGUGCCAAGGGUGAGGCUGGACUAAAGGGUGAAUCUGGAAAUGCGGGUGUUAAAGGAGAAGCUGGUAUAAAGGGAGAUGCUGGCAUCAAUGGGACUAAGGGAGAAGUUGGAGAAACUGGAGCUCCUGGAAGUAAAGGAGACAUCGGCAGCAAAGGAGAUAUGGGACUGAAUGGAACCAAAGGAGAAGCAGGAAGUAAAGGAUCUGAUGGCAGUAAAGGAAGUAUGGGUGAAACAGGUACCAAUGGAACUAAAGGAGAUACUGGGGAUAAGGGAGCUCCUGGUUAUAAUGGUACUGCUGGUACAGCAGGAGAGAAAGGGGACCAGGGAGCUAAAGGAGUUUUCGGUGAAAAGGGAGAACUUGGAGAAACUGGACCACAAGGAGCCAGUGGUAUAAAUGGAACAAAAGGUGACCAAGGUGCUAAAGGGGCAUCGGGAGCCAAAGGUGGACCAGGUGAUGAAGGAGAGAGGGGACUUAAUGGUACAAAGGGAGAAAGUGGAAGUAAGGGAGAUAAAGGUAGUAAAGGGGAAUCUGGAGCACAAGGAAUCCAGGGUGUUCAAGGAAACAAUGGGACGAAAGGUGAAAAAGGAGAUAUUGGAAGCAAGGGCGAUGUUGGAAACAAUGGUACCAAAGGUAGUAUGGGAGCAACUGGACCAUCUGGUGCACAAGGUAUGACAGGAAUUGAUGGUGCUACUGGUGCCGAAGGACCAAAAGGAGAUAUGGGGGCGACUGGAUUCUAUGGAGCAACAGGUAUAAUUGGAGCAACGGGACCAAGUGGAGCCAAAGGAGAAACUGGGGCCACUGGUUUUGAUGGUGCAACUGGGGAAAUGGGAGCUACUGGAUCAAUGGGAGCCACUGGACCAUCUGGUAUAAAGGGUGAAAAUGGUGAACAAGGUUUGAAGGGAGAAAGGGGUGAACCUGGUAUUGCCAUAAACGGCACUGUUGGAGAAUCUGGUGAAAAAGGAGAAAGAGGAGUAAUUGGUGCAACUGGAGCUGGAGGAGCAACUGGGUUCAUGGGUGCAACUGGUAUUCAAGGAGCAACUGGAGUAAGUGGCGCUGCAGGACAAAAGGGAGAUCAAGGGGAAGAUGGUGCUACUGGUUUACCUGGUGCAACAGGACAAAUUGGAGCAAAUGGCACAGAUGGUGCGACUGGCCAAAUUGGUGCAACAGGUGCUAUCGGAGCUACUGGCCCGGCUGGUGCUACUGGUCCAACUGGAGAAAAGGGCCAAAUAGGUGUAACUGGGAUGAUAGGUGCCCCCGGUUUGAAUGGCACAAAUGGCUUAGAUGGAGCAACCGGACCAACGGGAGCAAUGGGAAUUGCAGGUGUUAACGGAACAGAUGGUGCUACCGGACCAUCAGGAGCAACAGGAAACAAGGGAGCUUUUGGACCGACAGGAGCAACUGGAGUAAGUGGCGCUACAGGACAAAAGGGAGAUCAAGGGGAAGAUGGUGCUACUGGUUUACCUGGUGCAACAGGACAAAUAGGAGCAAAUGGCACAGAUGGUGCCACUGGCCAAAUUGGUGCAACAGGUGCCAUCGGAGCUACUGGCCCAGCUGGUGCUACUGGUCCAACUGGAGAAAAGGGCCAAAUAGGUGUAACUGGGAUGAUAGGUGCCCCCGGUUUGAAUGGCACAAAAGGCUUAGAUGGAGCAACCGGACCAACAGGAGCAAUGGGAAUUGCAGGUGUUAACGGAACAAAUGGUGCUACUGGACCAUCAGGAGCAACAGGAAACAAGGGAGCUUUUGGACCGACUGGAGCAACUGGAGUGAAUGGCACUACUGGACAAAAGGGAGAUCAAGGGGAAGAUGGUGCAACUGGUUUAUCUGGUGCAACUGGACUAAUGGGAUCAAAUGGUACCGAUGGAGCAACUGGACAAACUGGUGCGACAGGUUCUAUCGGGGCUACUGGUCCAGCUGGUGCUACAGGUCCAACUGGAGAAAAAGGUCAAAUAGGUGCCACAGGACUAACUGGGGCCAAGGGAGAUCCAGGUACCGUCGGUAUUGCAGGCGCAACUGGCCUGUCUGGCGCAGAUGGGAAUAUGGGUGCUACUGGUGUGUCUGGUGCAACCGGAGUGCAGGGUGCAAACGGAACAACUGGCGCAACUGGGCCAUCUGGGUCAACUGGUCCGACGGGUGCGACUGGUUUAUCAGGAGCAACAGGAAUAAUGGGUUCUACUGGCCCAACAGGUGCUACUGGAAUAGAAGGGGCAACUGGUCCGACGGGGGCGGCUGGUCCAACUGGAGCACAAGGGGUCGCAGGCGCAACAGGGCCUUCUGGAGCUGGAGUCGAUUCUGCUCUUUUGACUGCUCUAGAAACAAACGAAUGUGAAACUAACAACGGGAACUGCAGUGACAUUUGUAUAGAUACAUUCAAGGGGUCCAGAUGUGAUUGUUCCGAUGGAUAUGUUCUCCAAGACAACGCCCGAACGUGUGAAGAUAAAAACGAGUGCGAAGAGUUUAAUGGUCAGUGUGAACAUAAUUGCACGAAUACAGUUGGAUCCUACAAUUGUUCUUGUGAUGUUGGCUACACUCUCUCCGAUGAUGGUCAUGAGUGUUUAGAUGUCAAUGAGUGUGAAGCUGUGCCCAACAUAUGUGGAAGUGAAAUUGGCGUGGUAUGUCUCAAUACAUUCGGGAGUUAUCACUGCCUAAGCACGACGGCCAAUACUAAUAGUCAGACACAAGGGUUAGCAUUGGUAAAUGAAGCCCGUUCUAUGGCAGCCGACAACCAGCGGCUCAUCACUGAACUAAGAGACAACGUGAAGAAUGGUGAGACUAGCCAGUUGACCUUGGUUGUCUGGGCAGCCUUAGCAACAGUCGCAAUUAUAGUAAUAGCCGCUUUCGCAUAUAAACAAUAUAGGUCCAAUAAAAACAUGAAGCGCGCUAUAAGCGGUUCUUCCCUGGACUCCACGUCCUCAGUUGUAGAAAACGGGCGUCAAAAUACUGAGUCCGUCUCCACUGAUGUUGAAGCAUUGGAACCAAAUUAUUUCACCACCCAGUCUGAACAGAACCCGGGGGAUGAAGUCUCCAUUGAUUAUGACUUGGAAGAUGAAGAGACAAGUCAGAAAACAGACUCACAUAGUUCGGCAAAGAAUAACACAAAUACUCAAUGUUCGAAAGAUAGUACGUAGUCAUUAUAUGUGCAGGUAACUGCUUGGAGGAGUUCUAUAAUCAACUACGCAACCCAAGACUUAGCACCACGCAUUAUGGGAAUUCAGAAUUAGUUUUUUAACAUUCCAAAAAAUAUAUUGACUUUUCAGUUAUAAUCAAUUUUAUAUUUGCUUUAAAUAUCAGGUCAAGUUAUGUACGAUAAAGGAUCAUAGUAUUUGAAUAUAACAUAGUCCUACAUAAUAUAUAAUCGUUUAAUGUAAAUUCGCAUGGAAAUGUAUUUUCUGCGUGAUGCGACGUAUAUGCGUCGUAUCACACUUAUCAUAUAUUUUUCAUUAGGGUAUAUCUACAUGGAUAACAACCUUACUUAGAGUUACCAUGGUAGCCUUAAUAGCUGCAUUUCAUCAGAGAUUCCAUUUAACGAAGAUUAUAAUAUACAACUAAUUAAAUAAGUAGUA